CAUACUGCAGUGGCUCAUAAUGUUAACAGCCGCAGUAAAGCCUCAUUUUAUAAAAACUAACAAAAUUGCCAAUUUUUGACACAAAAUCAACAUGUCAAAGGUGUUUGUAAACAUUGGCUGUCGUAAAAACUUUAGACAAAAUUAUUACACAUCCGCUCUACCAAUAAAGUUUUCACACACAUAGAGCACACAAAGUGAUAACAAGUGACCUAUUCUUAUAAGAAUGUUUUCCGAGGACGGGUUUCUGGGUUGUCCCCGAGGAGUAGAAGACCUCCGUAGCCUGAACGACCGACUGAACGCGAAAGUGGUAGACCAAUUGAAUGAGAGCCAAGAGUUGGUGAUGAUCAACAGCUUCGCCAGGGAAACCAAUGAGUACCAGUUUAAAACGAGCUUGCAGGAUAGGAUCGCUGAUAUAGCAUCAUGGCGGUGGGUGUUCGAAGACCUGUCUAAACGACUUGACGAGGCUAUAAGUACCCUUCACUACGAGCACAACGCGUUGAGGGUAGUCAUAGAGAGAAUACAACAAGAGAUCGAUGACCAUUCCCGUGAAGCCAGUAGGCCUGGAGCACUCAACCCCGAUUCUGAUGCUGUAGAGGCGGCAAUCUUGCAGGAGUACAAUUUCCUUCGAGACGAGAAAAAGAACUUCGAAAAGUUGAUAACCGAGCUGGAAAAGCAAACAAAAGCCCUUGAAAGGACAAAGAAGAGGAUUAAAGACGACAUUUUGAAGAAAAGAGAAGCUUUGUCAGUAGAGGAAUCGUGUGCCAGCAUGGAUUUAAACUCGCUAACUAAAACCGGUGAUAGAAAGAAAAAGAAGAAAAAGUGCUCUACUCUUGAUCGAUGGGAAACCCGCUGCGUAUCUUUAAAGCAAGCUGGUCUCCAAGCCCUCAAUAAUGCAGUGGUCACAAGGCAACAGGUAAGGGGCUCAAGAGUUCACUUGUCAAUAGUUGCUCAAGCAUAUGCCGCAAAGGUGGAUUCAGCUUUAAGAAGAAGACUCCAUGCCAACACUGCCAAACUAGAAGAACUAUGCUGGCAGAGGGAAGAGGCAGUACGAGACAUCAAAUCACUGGAAGAAGAAUUGUACACAGCUGAAAAGAAUUUUCUAGAAACGAUGGAGCAGGAGCGACUGGUAGAAGCAAGACUGGCAGACCGCACCCUCAGACCUACGGGAGAGUUAACGAGGGAUGAGGUAGACCGCAAGCUCAGGGAUGAAUUGGCCAGGCUCAGGCAUUUUAUGAAGCACAUGAGGAGUAACAUUGAGAGAAUUACUUCUUUGCAAAACCACCUCGGAAGCGCCAUAUCUCGAAUCGACUGCUGCGCCGAAGACAUAUCCCAGGUCGUGCGCCUGGACCAGGACAGGAUGAGCUGGAGACUCGGGGAGGAACCCAAGUGUGACACAGAGACCAGCACAGCCCCAGCUCAGACUCCACAUAUAAGCCAGUCUACCACCAGCCGGAAAGCCAAUGCGCCGUUGACAGCCAUCAAGGAAGAAGAUGAAGAAGAAUACCCGUUUGAUGAAUGAAAUUAGGAAGGCAGAAAGACGAUUGAAAGAAAAAAGAUUUCGCCAUUUGCAAAACACGUAUUUGGAAGAUUAGGUAUACUCUACCUACACUCAUAUUCCUAUUUAACAUACUUUAAUAUGUGUAGUGUAGUAUUUA